AUGGGGUUGGAGGUGAAUAUCAGCAAAACUGAAUGUAUGACUGUAGGGGGGCCACAAGAGAACAUAGUCUUAGAGGAUGGAAGCGUGAUAAAAAACUGUGACAAAUAUAAAUAUCUCGGAUUAAAAAUAACUAACGAUGGAAAACUCGACGAGGGUAUAAAAGAUCGAAUAAUGCAAGGCAGAAGGGCAAUAUCUAUGUUGAAUGGUGUACUGUGGGAUCAAGCAAUCUCUAAAGCUAAUAAGAAGAACAUAUAUAAUACCGUAGUGAAAAGCAUAAUAACUUACGGAAGCGAAGUAUGGCAGUUGAAAAACAGAGAACAUGCUAUUGCAGAACAGAGAACAUGCUAUUAG